CUCAUUGACUCCAUACGAAUAAAAGUUAACGUUUAUCGACAAGAAGACAAAUCUAAGAAUAGGCAUACGAGUCAUUCGGGUAUUUAGCUGAUGAUGAGUAGAAAAGAUAUCAAAGAUCCCAGCGGCAAGGUGGUAAUGCAGGUUGUGGAAUAUGACGGAUUUCUAUUUCCUGUCAGCGUCAUGGGUGACAUAGUGGGACAACUCAAAGAGUUAAAUGGCAUGUCAUUCAGGGACAGCGAUGUCUGUGUGAUUUCAUACCCCAAAUCUGGGACGCAUUGGUGCUAUGAAGUGGUGGACAUGUUACGAAAUAAGUCUUCGGAGUAUCACGACAAGAUGCCCCCACUCUUAGAAAUGUUCCCCGUAGUAAAACUCAAGCAGGUGACAGAUGGUGUUUAUGCAUCCCAUUUGGUACCUCGACACAUGCCGAAAGAUUUCAUGGCCAGGAAAUGUAAACUCAUCAACAUCUACAGAAAUCCAAAAGACGUCUGUGUGUCUAUGUUUAAUUUCAUCAAGAAGACGAAAGCUGGAGAAUUGAUGAAAGACAUGGAAUUUGACGUCUUCUUCGAUAUGUACAUGACUGGACAACUUAUUGGGGGUUCCUGGGCAGGAUAUGUCAAAGAAUGGACCAAUUUCCAGGAAGAAAAUCCAACGUACCCUCUCUUAAAUCUCUGCUACGAAGACAUGAAGAAGGACCUUAAAACACACGUAAAAAAGAUAUCCGACUUCCUGGAACUAGACACAAGUGACGAACUGAUCAGUGAAAUUGCGAAUAAGUGUGAGUUUAAGGCAAUGUCGGCUUAUAAGAACAGCAACAUCCCCGCGGCUAUGAGCAUUAUGACUGAUGUAAAAGACAAACACAUACUGUACAGAAAAGGUAAAUCAGGGGACUGGAAGAAUUGGCUGAAGGUUGCUCAGAGUGAGGCAGUGGAUGCAGCGCUGGAAGCCGCAAAUGUCCCUUUUCAAAUCAAAUACACCUAAAGAACGAUCAAAGUGAAAUGUUGGAUGAAAACAAAAUCAAAAUUAAUACAUAUAUAUGAUAGAACAGUGAAACAUCGCGUCCACUUUAGGCAGGAAGAUACAGAUAAUAGAUCUACCUGACAGUUACUACAGAAAACGUGGAAGCCUAGUCAAGAAGUGAUAUGAAUCUCAACUAUUUACUAAAAAUGUAUGAAAAUUACGUAUGCAUUGGACUUGAGGGGCACCGAAGUGUCAUUUUCCACUAUUUAAAAUUUUUUUUCAUUACUGUACUCGUAUAUUUCCUGUUAACAUUUAAGUUAUAAUAUUGAUAUAAGGGGUCAUUUCUUGAGACCUAUACUUAAAAUGUAUCUUUUUGCAAUGUAUUGUGCAUUAUACCUUAGCAUAAGCACUUGCUGAUAUACAUAUAUUCCAUGUACUUUUAUUCAGAGGCAGCAUUGAUUUGGUUUACAUGGAUAUGUAUUGAUGAUACAUGUAUAUUUUAAUAAACAUCUUUUUAAUAAUAUAA